GAUUGGUCCACAUCGCUCCUGGGCAUGGCAUGGAAGAUUAUGAAACUUGCAGAGAAUUGAAUUUAGAUGCAUUUUGUCCGGUUGAUGAUUUUGGAAGAUUUACUUCUGAAGUUGGCGAGCCUUCUUUCGAGGGUAAAGCUGUGUUAACAGAGGGAACCACAGCUGUCAUUGAAUAUUUAAAGGCAAACAAAAUAUUGUUAAAGGAACAAAAACACACUCAUAAAUAUCCGUAUGAUUGGAGAACAAAGAAACCGAUCAUUUUAAGAGCUACAUCGCAAUGGUUUGCCAAU